UCCUCACUCGCUUCUCUUCUCUUCUACCACCGUUUCCUCUUUCCUUAGGUUCAGGUGGAAUCAUCUUGACACUGUGCUUGAGGACAGCGAAGCUUUGUCUUGGUUUCAGUCUUGACAUCUUGAGCUUCCCAGGCUCACAAAAGGUAUCCAAGAUUAUCGUUUUCAUAAUCAUGCCUCAACUAGAGGAGUCCGAGAAUGGUGAUCUUCAAUUUCAAUGGGGUAAAAGAAGAGGGGUUGGCAAUGCCAAUAAGGAUGUUCAAUUUUAUGAGUCAUUCAUCUAUGAUGAAGAGAGUUAUUCUUUAUAUGACAAUGUAUAUCUCUUCAAAGAAGGUGAUAGUGAGCCCUAUGUUGGAAAAAUAUUAAAAAUUUGGGAGCAACCUGGGCAAAAAAGGAGAAUAAAGAUCUUGUGGUUCUUCCGUCCAAAUGAUAUUAGUCGUUAUUUGGAUGGACAUGCCUCUUCUGAAAAGGAUCUCUUUUUGGCUUCUGGGGAGGGUGUUGGUCUCUCCAAUAUCAAUCCUCUGGAAGCUAUAGCUGGAAAAUGCAGUGUCAUUUGUACGUUACGAGAUGAGAGGAAUCCACAACCAUCCAGCAUUGCAAUUGAAAAGGCUGAUUUCAUAUUUUCCCGGUUCUUUGAUGUUGGGAGUUGUACAGUGUUAGAAACACCACCAGAAGCAAUAGCUGGAGUUGAAUUGAAAUAUCUUCUAAAUCAUCCCAAGGACCAGAAGCCAGAACAUUCUGUCAAACUUGAAGUAGUUGAUUCAGGUGCCUUCGAUGACAGUUUUAUCAAGAAGUUGGGUCCAGUUAAUGAUUUAGCAAAACUACGGCUUGAUGCACAGAUUGAAUCUGAUCCUGGAACAAAGAAACCAACCAUAAAAUCUGAGGAUCUUGAUUAUGAUCUUCAGAGAAAAGCGAGACCAAAUGAUGGCUUGAUGAAACAUACAUUUGAUGAUCAGGAGACGAGUGAUUCGAGUACUAGGAAGCGAAAAUAUGUAUCUGAUGAAGAUAAUCAAGAUGAUGAUUCAGUUCAGGUGCCAAAGGUAUCAUCUCAGCUGGCAGAACUUGCUGAGGCUAAGAACAACUCUCUGGAUGUAUUGCCGCUGAAACCAAAUUCUGCUGCAUUACAUAGAAGCAGGUGGUUUGCGGAUAUGCCUUGGAAAGCAAGAAUCGAAAAAGCUCACCACCAGGGAAAACUGAUGUUUCUUGAAAACUUGGACCCAUCUUAUUCAGCAAGUGAGAUUGAGGAUUUGCUACUUGAAGCCUUCAAGCUUGAUUGCACUGUGAAGGUCAUACCCCACGUUACUUUCCAUAAUCCUCACUAUGGUCAAGCAUAUGUCAUAUGCAAUUCGAGAAAUGAGGCAACCAAUGCAGUUCAAGAGAUUGAUGAAAAAUGUUUAAUUCUAUCAGACGGAAGGACUGUUCGAUCCCACAUGUAUCACAAUUGGACAUAUCAGAUCGAGCCGGAUCGCAAGCUACAAUUGAUGGGUUUCAAACCCGUGCCAAAUAGAAUCACCCAUGGACCUCUUUGUGCCAAACUUGGUAUGAUUGAGCUGCCUCAGAAAGCAGCUAAAUUUCCUGGCCAUCUGAAAGUUGAAAAAGGUCGGCUACAACCUGUACGAAUAGAACAUAAACAAGCUGUGGCAACCUCCCACUGUUCUCAGCCCAACACGAUUGAGUAUGAGUUGGCUAUGGAGUGGUUACUUCUGUUCGAGAAAUAUCAACGGUCUAAAGAAAAACUAUUGAAGAAGCAGCAUCGACAAUUUCGAGCAUUCAUCAGCAAGUACUCAGAUAAAUAGAUCCGGUUUAGAAUCAACUGAGCUUUUCUUUUUUAGCCAUCCAUUUUUUCUCUUAGAAGAUUAGCUUUCUUAGCUUAAUUGAGAGCUAUGGAACCUCUAUACAGAAUGGGAUUUUGGGAAGACAGCGUACAGAAACUUGGAUGUUGAAGGUUUGAGCACUUUUGCUGCUGUCCAGAUCAUAUGGGCUAUGUUGAUCUCUUUUAUUGAUGCAUCCAGUAUUACAGAAGCUGUGUGAUGCAGGAAAAUAUUUGUGUAGCUCAUCAUUCUGCAUAUUUGUAUUACCUAAAGUUUUUUGUUAUCUGUAACUCGAGAAGUAGAUGGUAUUUCAUUAGCUUCAGUAUGCUUGUCAGGUGUCUUGAUAAUUAAUCUAGUUAGAUAACAAGUUGAAAGGUAUAAUUAGAGAACUCUGUUCUAAACA